GCGCAGGGGGAGGCGUCGCCGCUGCUGCCCCUGCACUCGGCGGCGGAGGCGACCAGGCAGGCGCAUGCAGCGCGCCAGCUCAAGCAGAGGGAGGAGUCUCCGGGCGCGCGCGCCUCGUGGCUGUCGCGCGUCACCUUCAGCUGGCUGGGGCCGCUUCUGUCGCAGGGCGCGGCGCGGCCGCUGCAGGCCGACGACCUCUGGGCGCUGCAGCCCGAGGACGACACGGAGAGAGUGAUGGUCAGUCUGAAGCAAGCGGUGAAUAACAGCCAAUCGCUGUGGACCGCCAUCCGCUGCGCGUUCGGCUUCAACAUGUACGUGGCGGGCGCGUGCAAGCUGGCCGGCGACUGCUGCGGCUUCGUGGGACCCAUCUGCAUCAACGCCCUGAUCAAGUACGUGGAGGACCCCGCGAGCGCGCUCUUCUCCUCCGCGCACUAUGGCUACGUCCUCAGUGGCACGCUGUUCGUGGCCUCCGUGCUGCAGACGCUGUGUCUGCACCAGCACCACCACCUCGUCAUCCGAGAGGCCAUCCGCGUGCGCUCGGCGCUCACCAUGCUGGUGUACGACAAGUCGCUGCAGCUGUCGUCGCAGACGAAGAGCACGCUGGGCUCGGGGCGGAUCCUCAACAUGGCUACAAUCGACGCCAACCGGAUCCUCGAGCUGUUCUACAUGAUCCACUACUCGUGGGCGGCCCCCGUGCAGUUGGCCACCGGCAUGCUGCUGCUGGUGCAUUACCUGGGCACGGCGUCCUUUGCGGGCGUGCUGAUCAUGAUUGUGCUGCUACCGACGAGUGCGGCGCUGUCGUCGCAGGCGGCGAACAUCUCCAAGAAGAUGCUGGAGUGCACGGACAAACGCCUCAAGUUCUUGACGGAGCUGUUCCAGCACAUCCGCGUCAUCAAGUUUUACGCGUGGGAGAGCGAGAUGCUCGGCCAGGUGGACGCGAUCCGCACCAAAGAGCUCCAUUUCCUCAAGAAAGUGAUCCUCUGGAACGCGUAUGGGAGGGUCAUUCUGCAGGCGGGACCCGUGCUGGUGUCGUUCGGAACCUUUGCAGCGUAUUCCUACCUUCAAAGCGAGCCACUGACGGCGGACAAGGCGUUCACCGCGAUUACGCUGUUCAGCAUUUUCCGUCUGCCACUGAUGGCGCUUCCCCAAGUGUUUUCGCUUAUCUUCCAAGCCAACGUGUCGAUCAAGCGCCUCGAGUCAUUUCUCUACCUUGAGGAGCACCGACGCAGUCCAAUGUCCCUGUCGGCUUCCUUUAUCUCGGACCCAUCGUUUGAAAUUCGGCAUGCCACAUUUAAGUGGUCAAGCGAAGGCCAUGAACUGAACGGAGGUGCUGCCAACGCUGUGGCUGAAAAGGAAACUCCGGCCGCACAGCUGUCCAACAUUACAGUUUCGAUACCCAAAGGCAAGCUGACCCUCGUCGUUGGCGCGGUUGGAAGUGGGAAGUCAACAUUACUAGCGACUUUGCUGGGCGAGCUGCAGCCUGAAUACGGUGUAGUUCGCAUUCCGUCAAGGUAUGUGUCGUAUGCUGCGCAAACGCCGUACUUGAUCAAUGCCAGUGUGCAGGAUAACAUUCUAUUUGGAGCCCCACUGGAUACAGCCCGCCUUCAUCGAGUGAUCAAGAGUUGCGAGCUGGAGAAUGAACUUGUGCGGCUACCUAACGGCUUUCAAAGCGAAAUUGGCGAGAAUGGUGUGACGCUUAGUGGAGGGCAGAAGCAGCGUCUCUCAAUUGCUCGAGCUGUGUACUCGAAAGACCAGGAGCUUUACGUAUUUGACGACUCUCUUUCGGCGUUGGACGCGCAUGUGGCUACGCGUCUUUUCGACCAGUGUUUCAACGAGUCAACAGACGGUCUUCUGGGUGAACACACGCGCGUACUCAGCACUCACUCACUGCAGUUCGCGCACUUGGCGGACUGGAUCGUCGUCAUGGAUAACAUGCGAGUCGCUGAGAUGGGGACAUUUGAGGAGCUAACACAAGUCACGCCAAAUGGAAAAUUUGCCAAGAUGUUGAAUUCAUUUAAGCGGGCUAAUGAUGACGCAUCUGUCGGGAACGAGGCUAGCGCUGGGGACCAAGUGGAAACCUUGGACAUCUCCCGAUCGAAGUCACGAUCAAGUUCGAGCGUGAGCGAAGAAGCUGCCGCUGCUGGUAGUGGUGUCCUAAUUCAGGAUGAAGAGAAAACGGAGGGGAACUUGUCCUGGAGCGUGCAUUCGUCUUACUUCGUGUCAUGUGGAACUAUUUCGAUUGUUGGGGCACUUGCCCUCCUGUUUGCAACGCAAGUGUCGUCCGUCUCAACGGAUUUGUGGCUGACCAACUGGACCAAUUCUAAACCGACUGGUGCGGACUUGACGUUUUAUCUCACGGUAUACGCUUACCUCGGUCUGAGCACUAUCGUGCUCGGUUUCGUGGGAGAUCUCUGCUGUCGAUAUGCAGGACUCAGUGCAUCAAAACGUAUUCAUCACACUCUGCUGCACCAUGUCAUCAAGGGGACGAUGCGCUUCUUCGAUACGACUCCUGUUGGUCGAAUUCUCAAUCGAUUUUCAAAUGACAUGAACACGAUCGAUCAAAAACUAAACACUGCCAUCGUGCAAUUUGUGACCAUGCUUCUUGCACUUUUGAGCAUGUUGGCAAUCCAGAGCUCAACGGCACCUAUCCUGUUGGUUCUGCUGGUACCAGUGUUCAUAUGUUAUGUCGCUUAUCAGAGGUUUUACGGGAAGUCAUGUCGAGAAUUACAGCGGCUAGACAACAUUUCCAAAAGUCCUGUGUACGCUCAUUUCACGCAGACGCUGAAUGGAUUGGUGACGAUUAGGACCUUCGAAAUGGUCGAACAGAGUCAGCAUAUGCAGGCGCUGAAGAUUAACGAGAACACCAAGGCUUUCCUACUGCUGAACCUGAUCAACCGCUGGCUAGGCGUUCGCUUGGAGUUUCUUGGGGCAGUGAUAACGUUCGCAGUUGCGUUCUUCGUCAGUCGCGACCACGCAGUGCUCUCAAGUGCCAUGGCUGGUCUGCUGCUGAGCUACUCGCAGAACAUGACAUCGCUGCUCAACUGGAUCAUUCGGAACAACGUUGAUAUGGAGAACAUGAUGAACAGUGUUGAACGCACAGACGAGUAUUGCCGCGUCGAUACGGAGCCGGUCACACUACUAGCACACCACUACGAGCGCUAUACUACCCCCAAGUCGCGCACCUUACAGCUGCGGCCGCAUUGGCCUGAACAUGGCAAGAUCAAUUUCGUCAACGUUUGCGUGAAAUACGACCCGCUCGCUCCUCCGGUUCUUCAUGGCAUUUCGUUCACUGUGAAGGGUGGUGAGAAAGUUGGAAUAUGUGGCCGCACAGGCGCUGGCAAGAGUUCACUCCUUCUUGCACUCUUUCGCAUGGUGUCCUUCGAUAGCGGGGUUGGCGGUGGAAGCAUCUGCAUCGACGAAGUGUCAACGACCGCCCUCACAUUGACUGAGUUGCGCUCCCGAAUGGCCAUCAUCCCACAAGAUCCGGUACUUUUCGCAGCAAGCGUGCGGUUCAAUCUAGAUCCGACAGGACAGGCGAGUGACAAUGAGUUGUGGAGUGCGAUCCGCAAGUCUCGCUUGGAAACCUUCAUCAAGGGCCUACCUGGCGGCCUCGACGCUGAGGUAUUGGAAGGCGGUGAUAACUUCAGCGUCGGUGAGCGGCAGCUGAUCUGUCUGGGGCGUGCUAUAUUGCGCAACUCCAAGAUUUUGUGCCUGGAUGAAGCCACCGCCUCCAUGGACCACUCCACAGACGAGUUCAUUCAAGCUUCCAUUCGCAGAGAGUUCGCGGAAGCAACGGUGUUGACGAUCGCUCACAGAGUGGACACGAUUUUAGACUACGACAAGAUCCUCGUUUUGAAGCAAGGCCACAUUGUAGAGUUUGGACCACCCGCGGUGCUGCGUAGUAAGCCGAACGGAGAGUUUGCGAGCAUGCUGCAGAAACCGUGAUGGAUGUUUCACGC